AUGACUGAAUCUCUAGCAAAAAUAUCUUCCAUGUUGGAGUCCGCAAAGGACCUCACUAUUGAAGCAGCGGUGUCAGCCUCUUCCAGGUUGACCGACACCCCAAGUUCGUUGCGCCCACAAGAGAUUUCAAAAUUGUUAAAUUCUAGGCUUGAUAGAGAUGUUUUAAAUGGGAUGAAAUGUGUUGUAUCACUAAUUUCAAGAGGGGAAGAUGGGUUGACUCAUUUUGCCGAUGUUGUGAAGAAUGUAACUUCCUCCAAUUUAAAAAUAAAAUACUUAGUUUUGAUCUAUUUAACUAGGUACGCCGAAGUUCAACCAGACACUGCAUUACUAUCAAUCAAUUCGAUCCAGAAGUCAUUAAGUGAUAAGAAUGCCUCCUCAAGAACUACAGCUAUUAGAUCUCUUGCAGGUAUCCGGAUCCCAGAAAUUUCUUCACUUUUAUUGUUGUGCAUUAAGAGAACAGUGACUGAUCCAACACCAUGGGUAAGAGCUGGUACUGCUAUAGCUAUAGCUAAAGCAUACGAGAUCCCAAAUAUCAAUAGAAAGCAAUUGUUUGAAUAUCUAUGUCAACUUAUUGCUGACAGUGAUCCUUUAGUUGUUGGCUCGGCGAUUAAAGCCUACUAUAAGAUAAAAGUUGAACUUAACAAUAAUCGUAAGAAAUGGGAUCCGAUUCACGGAAACUUUCGAAGAUUUGCUGAAAUUAUGUCCCAGCUUGACGAAUGGGCUCAAUGCUACUUAAUUGAAAUAUUAGUUGAAUAUUCACGGAAGUUCUUACCUAGGCCAAAAUUAUAUCUUAGAAGCGAAGAAAAUCAAGUUAUCAAUUUACCAGACGAUUAUUCAGAUAUACCUUUCCCAGUCUACGAUGUAUCAAUGGACAGUGAUCUCGAACUAUUUCUCAAUUCCUUGAAAGUUUUAGUUUAUUCAAGAUCUGAAUUUGUUAUUCUUAGCAUCUCAAAAGCUAUUUAUCUAUUAGCACCCCCACUGACUUUCAAACACUUCAAACUAAAUGCAGCAUUAUGUAAACUUGCUACAGGAUCGAAAAACAACCAAAUUUCUUUAUUUGCAUUGCAAACAAUAUCAAUGGUGUCUUCUCAUGACAAAUCCAUCUUUGGUCAAUACUACAAAAAAUUUUACCUUUUUCCUUCGGAUACAAUACCAAUUGCUACUUGCAAACUUCAGAUUUUGUCUUCCUUGAUUAGUGAAAACAACGUCAAGAUAAUUCUUGAUGAGUUAAAAUAUUAUGCAUUAAACUCAAAUAACCAUUUACUUAUUGCCAAAGAAGCAAUAAAGGCAAUUGGUUGUUGCUCCCAGAUAUCCCCAUAUUGGAAUGAAAAGAUUUUAAAAUGGUGCUCUAAACAAAUCAAAAGGACCGGUGGGGGUAUUUUAAAUGAACUUUUGACCGUUACAAGGUACUUGAUUCAGCAAAAACAAAAUCAAACAAAUGUGCACAAUUCCGAAGAUGUAAAACAAGAUAUAAUGAAGACCACAUACAGACUUUCAUUAAUUUUGAAAGAUGAUGAAGUGAACUUAGAAAGCGAUGCUAAAGCUAGUAUCAUUUGGAUAAUUGGGGAAUUCACAGGAGUUGCACAGAAUACUAUAGCUCCUGAUGUAUUGAGGAUUUUGAUUAAAAAUUUUGUGAAAGAGGCCGAAAAAGUAAGGUAUGAAAUACUUGUAUUAUCAGCAAAAGUUUUUUCAAUUGAGCUCGAUAACUUUAAGCAUGAGAACAGAGAGGAUGAUACCGAAGCUAUGCUGUCCUUCCUUGAAAAUAAUAUUAUUUCAAAAAUGUUCCAGCACGUAUUGCAGUUAGCAAAAUACGAUCAAUCAUAUGAUACUAGGGAUAGGGCAAGAUUGUUUCACGUUUUGUUGAACACCGGCAGCUCACAAUCACAGCUAGCAUCAUUAUUUUUACAAGUACCUAAGCCGGUUCCAACAAUUACCUCAUCUACAGAAUUAGGCUCAAAGGAAUUCAAAUCCUUGCAUUCAGCUUUGGUCGAUUAUUUCAAGGCAAAUGACUGGACAAGCGAUGAAUCUAGUCUCCCCCCAUCCUCUAUCAGAAAGCAAACACAAAUCAGAACUAAUAAUUUAUCAAAUAGUGGUGGUAAUGUAACUUCGGUUUCCUCCGCAAAGUCAAGAUCAGUAUCUCCACCAAUUAUCAGUAAUCAUGCGAUUUCGUCUGCCAGUUAUCAUAAUAGAAACAACCUUCCUGAAACAAAAGAGACGUACAGAUUGCAAAGUUUGGACGAAUUUUUUGGGAACGAAGAUGAGGAGGAAUCGGGCGAGGAGUUAGAAAGCAGCUCUGAAGAAGAGGAAGAUUACGAAGAAGAGAGCGAGGAGUCUGAUGACGAUAACGAAGAAGAC